GAACUGGAUGGUGAAGGCGAGGAAGAAGAAGAAAUCGAACUUGAGAAGGGCGAUGUAAAUCUGUUGGUUCUGUCAGCGAAAAUUGUUCCUCGCCUUGCUUUUGCUCUGUUGGCGUAAGGAUGCUGUGGGCCGUACCUGAUUGUCCAGGCGAACUCAUCGUACAGCUUCCAAGCUUGAAAGGCGAAUGCGAGAGUAGCGACGGCCAUCAGAAUUGGCAGUGUAAUCAGCUCGGCACGGAUCUCGGGCCAUACAUCCAGAUUAGGAUACCGAUGUUGUACAUGACCAGGCCAAUAACCUGAAUGGUGUUUUUCUGGCUCAAUGCGUCGUAGACAAGAACGACUUGGUAUAUGAAGCCGAACAUGAACACGGCCAGAUAUGUUGGGAUGGUGCGAACUUCGCUAU